GUUCUUCACCAUUGCAUCUUGGGACGAAGAAGGUCUCGUCGUAGUGUUGUGAAAAGUCCUUGGACGUGAGAUGAAUAUUCCGUCGAACAAUUUUUCAUUUACUAUUUUGAAAAACUUCUAGUGGGCAAUAACACUGUAAUUAAACUAUUCAGAAGUCGUUUGUGUCCGGUCAGGAGAAAUGGGAGCCGAUAAAAGGAUUAGUCGUACAGAACGCAGCGGUAGGUAUGGCUCAGAGCAGCCGCGUGAUGAAUCUGAAUGGCGUGAGAGGCGUGAGCGGGACCAGGAGCGUGAUCACAGCAUGCGCCGCUGGGGUGAAGAGAGACGUAGUGAUCGCUUUGAAGGAGAACGACGAGGUUCAAGAGACAGUCCAGAGCAACGAGAAAGAAAACGCCGUAACAGUGAUCGGUCAGAAGAUGGUUAUCAUUCAGAUGGUGACUACCCAGAGCAAGACUACAGAAGAGAGCCUGGGGAGGAGAAGAAGAGCAAGACUAUCAUGCUCUGGGGGCUGUCGCCACAUGUCACAGAGGAUGAUAUUUGUUUUGCCAUUGACCAAUUAGAGGGGCCUCAGCCGGUGGAUGUCAGGCUGAUGAAGAAGAAAACAGGUAUAAGCCGUGGUUUCGCCUUCGUGGACUUUUAUCACUUGCAAGAUGCUACCCGAUGGAUGGAGACCAAUCAGAAACGCCUGACCAUCCAAGGCAAAACUGUGGACAUGCACUACAGCCACCCCAGAAACAAAUAUGAAGAUUGGCUGUGCAACACUUGUGGCCUGUACAAUUUCCGGAGGAGGCUGAAGUGCUUCAGGUGUGGAGCAGCCAAAGCUGAAAAUGAAACGAGCAGUAAUCCUGGAGCUUCUGAAAUUCAGCCAACUGCAGACUUCUAUGGCGACACAAUCAUCCUACGAAAUAUUGCUCCUCUGACCACUGUGGAAGCCAUCAUGACAGCCCUGGCUCCAUAUGCCAAUCUUUCAUCUAACAACAUUCGCCUCAUCAAAGACAAGCAGACAGGCCAGAAUAGAGGCUUUGCCUUUGUACAGCUCUCCUCUCCUCUGGAGGCCUCCCAGCUUUUAACCAUCUUACAAGGACUUCAGCCGCCUCUUAAACUAGAUGGAAAAACCAUCGGAGUGGAUUAUGCUAAGAGUGCUAGAAAGGACCUUAUACUGCCUGACGGCAAUCGUGUCAGUGCCUUCUCUGUGGCUAGCACAGCCAUUGCUGCUGCCCAGUGGUCCUCAAGUCAGCCACAGCAGAGCUCAGAGGGAAUGUCAGAGUACAGCUACCUGCAAGAGGGCUACACGCCCAUGUCUCAGGACUACCAGAGCUACUACCAGCAAGGGGCAACAGCCAGCACCUCUCAGGGAAAUGGGAUUCUAGGAGCGGCCCCAGGUGUGAAGAUCGUUCCAGCUGCAGCUGGGGUGGUCAUCUCACAGAGUGCACAGGUCUACCAACCACAUAUAAUUGUGCAACCUGCUGUUCAGGCUUUGCCACUUGCCCAGCAACUGGAGGUGAAACCCCACACGGGACAUCUGUCAAGCAUGGAAGCUGUGUCGAUGCCAGUUGCCUCCAUAGCUGCUGCCACGGUUACCACUGCUGGUACACUCGCAGCCUCACAACAGACAGCUGACGCCAGCACUGGUGUUCCCGACACAUCAACCUAUCAAUAUGACGAGUCCUCUGGCUACUAUUAUGACCCUCAAACUGGGCUUUAUUACGACCCAAACACUCAUUAUUACUACAACUCUCAGACUCAGCAGUACCUCUACUGGGAUAGUGAGAAACAGACUUAUGUACCUGCCCCAACUGACACAGCUGCUGGACAGAGCGACAACACAAGCGCGACAAGUGGCAAAGAGCCUAAAGAAGGCAAAGAGAAAAAGGAAAAGCCUAAAAGCAAGACUGCUCAGCAGAUUGCUAAAGACAUGGAGCGGUGGGCCAAAACUCUCAACAAGCAGAAAGAGAAUUUUAAGAGUAGCUUUCAGCCAAUUAGUCAGGAAGAAAGGAAAGAGGCAGCAGCUGCUGAUGCUGGUUACAUACUGUUUGAAAAGAAGCAGGCAGGAAGUCUUGACAGACCCAUACCAGAGGUGCUGAGGAGCCCUGUGGAGGAGCCAGCAGCCAGCUCAGCCAACUCUUCCAAGCUUGGCCUCGUGGCAGCCUAUAGCGGAGACAGUGACCCUGAGGAGGGUGGGGCAGAGCCUGAAAGGGGUGAUGGGGGCCAGGACAAGCUGACAGACUGGACUAAGUUGGCCUGCCUGCUGUGUAGGAGGCAGUUUCCCAACAAGGAGGGUCUAAUUCGACAUCAGCAACUUUCUGACCUUCACAAGAAAAAUCUGGAGGUUCUCCGCAGAACCAAAAUGAGUGAAGCGGAGCUCGAAGAGUUGGAGAGAAAAGAGACUGAGUUGAAAUAUAGAGACAGGGCAGCAGAAAGGAGAGAAAAGUACGGCAUUCCUGAACCUCCUGCUCCCAAAAAGAAGAAAUUCAGCCAACCAACACCAGUAAUAAACUAUGAACAGCCCACUAAAGAUGGCCUCAACAGUGACAAUAUUGGUAACAAGAUGCUGCAGGCCAUGGGCUGGAAGGAGGGUAAAGGUCUUGGUCGUAACCAGCAGGGUAUCACUACACCGAUUGAGGCCCAGUUAAGAACAAAAGGAGCUGGACUCGGCACAAAAGGCACCAACUACACCCUCUCUCCUUCAGACACAUACAAAGACGCAGUCCGCAAAGCCAUGUUUGCCCGAUUCACAGAAUUGGAAUGAGUCAUCUUACUCUACACUUAAGUUUUUCAUCAUUUUCUGCAGCAGAUAAUUUACUUUUUUAGAGUGCAGUUCUUCUGCAUAAACACUGACAAGUAAUUUGGCAUGGAAACAAUAGAAAGACUAUUCUUUGAACACAGAGAAUUAAAGAACAUGAUGGCCCCUUUUGCCAUAAGGGUUAAAACAGACAACAGAUAAAUAUGUAAUGGCAUAUUAAGAUCGUGAACAGUGUUAUUUAUAAAUUGUAAAUAGGCACAGUGAAUUUGAUUUACGUAUUUCUUCUUUGUUAAUGAGGUUUUUUGUCUCAAUGUGUGAAAAAGGAUGUACAGUUUAUACAGAAAAUUCCUUUGUUGUACAGAAAAUAAAUGAAAGUCGUUAUUUA